AUGUCUUUCGGAAUUAGCCCGACCGAUGUCUUGAAGUUGGUGGAGGUUUCGACACGAGUGUACUUAGCUUUCAAGGACGCGAACGAAAAUUCUGAGGUUCAAGUGGAGGGUCUCGUACGUGAAUUCACGGCCUUCCAUCAUUGCCUGAUUGAGCUGGACGAGCUCAUGAGAGAUUACGGAAAACCGCUUCCCUUUCCUUUCGAGGACUUCAAAGACACAAUCGAGAGAUGCGAGAAGAGCAUCAAGCCGUAUGCAGAUAACCUCAUCGAUAAGAAGAUGAACUUCACCAAGAUGGUGUACACAAUCAAGUACAUGGGCAAGGAGAAAGAAAUUGAUGGACUAAGAAAGCAGAUUGCGGGUCAUUAUCAGGCUUUACAGAUGUGUAUCUCGUUCCUGCAGCUUCGACUUCAUCUCGAAGCGGCCAAGCAAACCCAACGAUUGCUAGACACGGCACCCUUUCGAUCGAUGAGCCUGGGCGGACAAUGGUAUACUUCGAACGCCUUUGCAAGCACAAAUCGCACAGAUCCACGAGCUCUUCCCGCAGCUGAUGAUACCGAUGGGUUAUUCCAAGAAUGGUUGGUGUUUAGUCGCUGGUUGAAGAGCGAGGACGAACGGGUUGCACAAGAAGCUGGUCUCACUAGACCACUAUCUCUCGGCGACACACCGGUAACGACACUCAGUGGUGACGCACAGACAGCAGCCGUUCUCUAUCAUCUACGGAGAGAGUUGGAAGAUGCUAUCGUUAUUGAAGAGAAUCGUGCAAAAAGAACAGCUGUGGAAAGACGUACGCAUCUUAUCCCUAGCGAUGCUGUCAGACAGGAAGUUAUGAGAAACCUACCACCGGUACCACAACGAACAUACACUCUUGAUACUGAGUUUUCUGGUCUAUUCUCGCGGUUCGACGCUCAUCUAGACAUGAGCGACUCGACAUUCACGAUAAGACCGAACAGCAAUACACCAUCUUCCCCAGUAUCGCCAGGUCGAAUAUCAUACGACCAGUCUUACUUUCCUGCGGCGUCUACCAGUCGCAUCCCAUCUAUCUCGACCUCAGAAACGAGUCCUGCUACAUCGCCAAAUUCCAUGCUCUCGAGUGUGGUGACUGUCGAUACCACACCUGAACUGGGCACCUUGCCUUCCCUUCGCUCUAGGUACUCUGUGACGUCACUUGUCACUCUUACCCUUGGCGAUGGCGCCCUUGAGUGGAAACGACUAUGCCACAAGGUUCAAGUCGAACGCAGAACUGCUUCUAGUCCUCCAGAGUCGCGAGAAUGCGACCUUCAUUGGAGACAUAAUGAGGACGCGGGGCUUGCAAUCAGAUCAGUGUAUCGCUCAGGCGGAGUCGUCAAGGUUUGGACCCUGCAGAGCUUUCCCGCGACGGGUCCGAGCAUCCCUCUCUCGACCUCAUAUCCGGAUGGCGAUGUAUCUCUUGACUUUCCAAGGUCUUCACAUGGUCGGCUCGACAAACGCUGCACCGACAUUAAAUACACUUUUACAGGCCCAGAAGCGACGCUGAAGUUGCAAACUCUUCUGUACACCAACAACGGUAUAGAUGCCGCAGAGCUGCUGUUUGAUCGAUGCGUUUUAGCCGUUUCAUCCAACUUGAACAAGCCGGAGUGCCGUGGGAAAAAUGUCCGCCUUUGGAAAAGAUUCGAAGAGCACAGCGAUCAUGUGUUGGAAGUAUUGACGUUGCUCUUUUACACCAGCGCCCUGCCAGAUGAACAAGCGCAUUGGGUCGAAGAGCCGCAUUACAUCUUUCAAUGGCUGUCAGACGACACGGUCAAAAAAAGCAGCGACAAGUUGACCUUGGUUUUUUCUAGGGAGCCAUCAAGAUGGAACAGAGACAAGCUUAUACAGCGUCGGAAGUCGUCAUUUACAUCGACUACAUCGGUUACUAACACAACUUCGACACUGCGGAAGGAUUCUGGUCAUGUAAUAGGGAGGCCGUCUUAUUCUCCCGGAAUUUCGGGGUUGGUGCGUUCAGGUACACAUGCUUCUUUGACGUCGCCUGCAUCAAACAGAUCAUCGCAGCCACGGUUUGGUCAAACAAGUCGCAGAGCAAACGGAGAUCUCAACCGCUUUGGAUACGAAGAGUUGGAGAUAAGAUUUCAGAACAAGUCUGAUCGUAAAGAUUUUGUGGGCUUGUGGCAGCAGCACGUGAAACAACUUGUUUUGCCGUUGCGAUGA